AUGGUAAGUUAUAUCGAUGAGUGUACGGCUGGCGUUGAUGAUUGUGAUGCAAUGGCAUCAUGUACGAACAUCAUUGGUUCAUUUGAAUGUUCGUGUAAGAGUGGCUAUUAUGGCAACGGGACAUCAUGUGAAGAAUGCCAGUUCAGUGAAAUGAAUGUUGCUGUUAUUGAGAAAGCUAGUGGCAAGGUAACUUGUGUUGCCGGCUACACACACGUUGAAGGCACUGCAGCGGCAAGCUGUCCAAGGAAUUCAACUGGCCAAUGGAUAAAUGUAGGAAAUUGCCAAGCUCUAUGCUCUGCAGCUAUCAUCUUUGAUGGAAGAGUUGAUGGGACUAGAGUUAUGGUGACUGGUUCCACAGCCCAGUUGUACUCAAGAGCUGUGUACAACUGCAACAGCGGUUUCAGAAUAUCAAGUGGUGUGAGCGACACAUCUAUCCAGUGUUCUGUUGUUGGUGGUAUUGCUGACUUCCAUUCAGCUCCUACUUGCGAUGAUAUCGAUGAGUGUACCGCUGGUGUUGAUGAUUGUGAUGCAAUGGCAUCAUGUAGCAACACCAUUGGUUCAUUUGAAUGUUCGUGUAAGAGUGGCUAUUAUGGCAACGGGACAUCUUGUGAAGAAUGCCAGUUCAGUGAAAUGAAUGUUGCUGUUAUUGAGAAGGCGAGUGGCAAGGUAACUUGUGCUGCCGGCUUCACACAUGUUGAAGGCACUGCAGCGGCAAGCUGUGCAAGGAAUUCUUCAACUGGCCACUGGAUGAAUGUAGGAAGUUGCCAAGCUCUAUGCUCCGUCGCUAGGAUCAUUGAUGGAAGAGUUGAUGGUACAAGAGUAAUGGUGGCUGGUUCCAUAGCCCAGUUGUACUCUAGAGCUGUGUACAGCUGCAACAGUGGCUUCAGACUAUCAAGUGGUGUGAGCGACACAUCCAUUCAGUGUUCUGUUGUUGGUGGUAUUGCUGACUUCCAUUCAGCUCCUACUUGUGUGGGUUGCAAGAUAGAUGGUAGCGGUCGAAAGAUCUCUAGUGUGUCUUAUAAUGGCACUGUAACUUGCGACUAUGGAUACUACUACAAUGGAACACAGCCUGCAUGUGAAGAUCUGUCUCCAAAUUGGCAGAACCUUGCAUCUUGUCAAGCCUGUACAGCUCCAACAGGACGGUUUAUACAGUCGAUUUCAAGCAAUGGGGCUGUGACUUGUGUCGAUGGUUAUGAAGUUGUUCAAGAUAAUACAGCUGAAACCUGUACCAAUACAGAUGGUGUAUGGAGAAAUGCACCUACAUGUACAAUCAAAACCUGUCCGAUCAAAACCCCGGGAAAUGGCAGCACAAGUCCUGGUUCUGCUUCUAUCCAGUUCAAUGAGCGAGUUGUGUAUUCAUGCGACCACGGCUUCCGUCUUGUGGGUGAAGACAAAGCUCUUUGUGAUUCAAGUGGUGCUCUUGAUGCUGUACCUCCCAAGUGCCAAGACAUUGUUGAAUGCAACGAUACAUCUUUACAUGACUGUCACCAUGAUGCAUGGUGUGUGAACACUGAUGGAAGUUAUGGAUGUUCAUGCAUGUCAGGGUUUACAGGAAAUGGAACACAUUGUGAAGACGUACUUGAGUGUACUGAUGGGAGCCUUCAUGACUGCCAUAGAAAUGCGAGAUGUACAGAUACCCUUGGCUCAUAUACAUGUCACUGUAACACUGGUUAUACCGGAAAUGGAACAUUUUGCGGAAUUGUAAGAUGCCCGGUUCCCGGUCCUCCAAGUAAUGGGUUAGUGGGCAAUGGCGAGGAUAGCUUUACAUACAAUGAAAGCUUAAGCAUUUCAUGUUCAAAAGGGUAUUGGCUGAAUGGUGCUAAUAGUAUUGUUUGUGAAGCUAACGGUCAGUCAUCUAUGAUCAAUGGCACGAUGUGUGAUGAUAUCAAUGAGUGUACAACUGGUGUUGAUGAUUGUGAUGCAAUGGCAUCAUGUAGCAACAUCAUUGGUUCAUUUGAAUGUUCGUGCAAGAGUGGCUAUUAUGGCAAUGGGACAUCAUGUGAAGAAUGUCAGUUCAGUGAGAUAAAUGUUGCUGUUAUUGAGAAGGCAAGUGGUGAAGUAAGGUGUGCUGGCGGCUUCACGCGUGUUGAAGGCACUGCAAGGGCAAGCUGUCCUAGGAAUUCUUCAACUGGCCACUGGAUGAAUGUAGGAAGUUGCCAAGCUCUAUGCUCUGCAGCUAGCAUCAUUGAUGGAAGAGUUGAUGGUACAAGAGUUAUGGUGACUGGUUCCACAGCCCAGUUGUACUCGAGAACUGUGUACAACUGCAACAGUGGUUUCAGACUGUCAAGUGGUGUGAGCGACAAAUCCAUCCAGUGUUCUGUUGUUGGUGGUAUUGCCGAAUUCCAUUCAGCUCCUACUUGUGUGGAUAUCGACGAGUGUAGCACAGGCGGUCAUAAUUGUGAUUCAAUGGCAACAUGUAAAAACACUAUUGGUUCAUUUGAAUGUUCCUGUAAGAGUGGAUAUUACGGAAACGGGACAUCUUGUGAAGAAUGCCAGUUCAGUGAAAUAAAUGUUGCUAGUAUUGAGAAGGCGAGUGGCAAGGUAACUUGUGUUACCGGCUUCACACGUGUUGAAGGCACUGCAACGGCAAUCUGUCCAAGGAAUUCUUCAACUGGCUACUGGUUGAAUGUAGGAAGUUGCCAAGCUCUGUGCUCUGUAGCUAGUAUCAUUGAUGGAAGAGUUGAUGGUACAAGAGUUAUGGUGACUGGUUCCACAGCCCAGUUGUACUCUAGAGCUGUGUACAACUGCAACAGUGGUUUCAGAUUAUCAAGUGGUGUGAGCGACACAUCCAUCCAGUGUUCUGUUGUUGGUGGUGUUGCUGACUUCCAUUCAGCUCCUACUUGCGAUGACAUCAAUGAGUGUACCACUGGUGGUAAUCAUUGUCAUGCAAUGGCAUCAUGUAACAACACCAUUGGUUCAUUUGAAUGUUCCUGUAACAGUGGAUACUAUGGAAAUGGGUCAAGAUGUCAAGUUCAAACACUCACACAUGGUCUCUUUGCUGCUAGCUUCACUUCAGGUUCACCAGCAGAUGAACCUGAAGUGACUGUCUGUAGCAAAGAGACCAGGGUGAUGAACGGCAAUGAAGUUGACUCCUUUUAA